CGUCACGAAAGGAGUGCAAGCGGGGCGAUAAGACUCCGUUGACUCCGUUCGUCCAGGAGAAUAUCCUUACACGGACGACAUGUCCUUCCUUCGCGGAUCCGCCAACUACGUCUGGUGCACAACCAGCGUGCUCGGCAAGGGUGCGACCGGCGCCGUAUUCCAGGGCGUCAACAAAAACAACGGGGAGCCGGUCGCGGUAAAGACCUUUAAUCAGCUGAGCCACAUGCGACCGCAUGACGUGCAGGUGAGGGAGUUCGAGGUCCUAAAGAAGGUCAAGCACGAAAACAUCGUCAAGCUGUUGGCGAUCGAGGAGGAGCAGGAUGGCAGAGGAAAGGUGAUUGUCAUGGAGCUCUGCACUGGUGGCAGCCUCUUCAACAUCCUCGACGACCCGGAGAACACGUACGGUCUCGCGGAGAGCGAGUUUCUGCUGGUGCUGGAACACCUGUCAGCUGGCAUGAAGCACCUACGUGACAACAAUCUAGUUCACCGGGACUUGAAACCAGGCAAUAUAAUGAAAUUCAUCGCUGAUGACGGCAGUACGAUAUACAAGCUUACUGAUUUCGGGGCCGCUCGGGAAUUGCAGGAGGAUCAACAGUUUGUUUCGCUGUAUGGCACCGAGGAGUACCUGCAUCCGGAUAUGUACGAGCGCGCAGUCUUGAGGAAACCCGUUGGCAAGACCUUCGGCGCGACCGUCGACUUAUGGUCCAUAGGCGUGACUCUCUACCAUGUCGCGACAGGUAAUCUGCCGUUCAGGCCGUUCGGCGGACGGAGAAAUAAAGAGACUAUGUUCUACAUUACCACGAAGAAAGCAUCGGGCGUGAUAUCCGGGCUGCAGACUUCGGAAAACGGGCCAAUCGAAUGGAACAGGGAGCUGCCGCAGACCUGCCAGCUGAGUGUAGGCCUGAAGAAAAUAGUGACUCCGUUGUUGGCUGGUUUACUAGAAGUGGAUCCACAAAGGAUCUGGAGUUUUGAACGAUUCUUCUGCGAGGUCACGGACACGCUUUGCAGGAAGCCUAUUCAUAUAUUCAACAUUCAUAGAGCCAGCUUGAUCAAGGUCUUCUUACAUCCGGAAGAGAAACUAGUCGCUCUGCAGAUACACAUUCAAGACCAAACAGAUAUCAUGCCACACGCGCAGAUUUUACUUCUCGGGGAAGUUUUCCUCAUGAACAUUGUCGAGGAAUCUACGCCAGGUAAAGGGUAUCCCAGUACCAGCAACGACAAACCGUUGAUGCUGUUCUCGCGGGAGAACAACAACGUCGUGUUACCGGUAGAGACCGAACUGCCUAAAUUUCCCGUCUUUGCGAAUCUCGUUUCCGUGGAGAAUGACGCGAGUCAAGCCAAGGUCGCGUGUUCCGUAGGGCACGUCUGUAAACGUAGAAUCGACAAACUAGCUCUGUGCAGUAAACUUUCACGAGACGCCAUAGAUGCGUUCAGCGGCCUUCUAUCAACGGAGCUUACUCGAGUGUUGGGCAAAUGUCAGCAUGCGAAAGAAUUCACAAAGGCGGUGGAGGAUACAGUAUUGUCGGUAGAGAGAAACGAGACAUUCGCCAGACACGUGUUCCGAAAGUUCGGCGGACAGACUGCAAUGGAGGUGAAAAGUUGGCGGAAAGAAUUAGACGUGAAGAGUAAGGAGCUUACUAGCGAACUGACUCCAGCAAUAGUGCAACUUCAUCAAAGGUAUGUAAAAGAGGGCAGUUUACGUGGGGAAUGGGACAACAGUACUCGUGGUUUAUGGUGUCCGUGGGCCACGAAGGCGAGUCAAAGGGCAGCAACGUUAGUUGAUCGCUUGAGGGACGGAUGGCAACAUUUGCUGAGGGACAGAGCCACUCGUAGUCUCACUUACAAUGACGAGCAGUUCCACGUUCUUGAACGCAUCAAGGUCACGGAAACGGGACGUCGAUUGAAAGCGCUUCUCGAGACGGAGUGCAUACCAGCGAUGACGCAGCGGUCCGAGUGCGUCGCCGAUUGGUAUAAAAUGGCACAGACAGUGUUUCUGCAGACCCAAAUAUUAGAUAAGGACAUAGACGGUUACGAACGCGUGCUGGAAUCAUUCUCCUAUCGUUUGACGCAGGAGAGCAAGGAGCGUAGUGAAAAUCUCUUGCACUCGUUGGACAGGCUUCCCGGCAAAUCAAAGACGAUUGAAAAAACGAGCGUGCCGGUUCAGGAGAGCACAAAGAAAUGGCGUAACAUCUGCGACACGCAAGAACAAAUUACGACGCUUCUUUAUGAAAACGGUCUGCUUGUAGACCAGCUUGACCACUUGUCAAUUACCGAUAUGCUGGAGGAUAUAGACGAUACGGGAUACGAACUUUUAACACGCGCUACUGUUACUUUUCCAUCAAUCCAACAAUAAUUUUACGAGCUGAAGACUGAAAACUUAGAAUGUACAUAUUAGAAAUUCGAUAUAUCUGUAUAAUUAUUAGUAUAAAUUGUUAAGGUAAACGUUAAAUGAAUUCGUAUUCCUUUGACUAAACAACUGUUUUACUUUAAGAUCAACGAUACGAUCGUUUAUUGCCAACAAGUCUAAUGUUAGCGUUUUAAUAAAUAAUAAUUAUAUUUUUAUACAA